CUCUCUGUAUCUGUCAUUUUUUAGAUAAUCAUAAAAUUAGUCAUUAUUUUGACGUUUCAAGGUUUUCGUGGUAAAUUGAAAAUCAUAUGUUACUGAAAAAUGGCUGAUGUACUAACAGAAACGGUCCUACCAGAAGAUUUAAAGAAAUUCGAACAAAUCUACCACGGACAGCUCUACAAAAAUGACGUUACCCCUAAGGCACAAUUCGAUUAUGCAUUCUGUCUUGUUCGAAGCAAAUACCCAGCUGAUAUACAGAAAGGCAUAGCUCUACUAGAAGAUCUAUACAGAACGAAUGAAGAAGGCCAAAGAGACUAUUUAUACUACUUAGCAAUUGGAACUGCGAGACUAAAGGAAUAUUCAAAAGCAUUAGGAUACGUUAGAUCAUUCUUGUCAAUUGAACCAGGAAAUCAACAAGUAAUGUCAUUAGAACAGACAAUAAAGAAGAAAAUGGAAAAAGAGGGCCUCAUGGGUAUGGCGGUAGCUGGUGGAGUAUUGGUAGCAGUUGGCGCUAUUGUCGGUGUCGGAAUGGCUAUAUCAAAGUCUAAGUGAUAGUUUUUUAGUCCUUACAAUUUUGUAUUCCAGCGAGUGAUAGAUAAUUUUAAUAAAAGAUCUAUAAUUUAGUUAGUUUUACUUAGUACUUUCGUAUAUGUAAUGUAAGUACUAUUAAUUUAUUGUUAUUAAAUUUUUGUUACGUCAGUGUUAAGCUUUCAUCCAAAAAGGAAUUUAUACUAUAUUUAUGUUUUUGCCACGAUUUUUGUAAAUAAAACAAAACCAAAAAAUAUUUUUUUAGUUAUUACUAUAGAAAUGUACAUUUAUAAGGAUAACCUCUAUUAGAUUGUCUGUUUGUACCUUACACAAUAUUUAUAAAAGUCUACCUACUA